UUCUGAGACAGAAAAAAGAACCAAAAAGAAUUAAAUUCGAGGUGUUUUUGUUGUUUUUGGAGUGAGAAAUUGGAGCGUUACAUAGAAGCAGAAGAAGAAAAGGAACCUCAUUUAGUGAAGAUUAAAGAGUUAUAUUGUCUGGGUUAUUCUUUGUUUGCUUGUUAAGUAACUGUCGGAAGAACCCAUUGAUUGAUUUCCAUAAGAAGAAGAAGAAGAAGAAGAAGAAGAAGAAGAGACUUAUUUGGUUUUGAGAUAUGGAUACGAAGACGAACGACAAGGAUGUCAUUCGUUUAGAACGAGAAUCUGUUAUUCCUGUUUUAAAACCUAGAAUUAUUAUGACCUUGGCUAACCUCAUAGAACAUGGGAAUGAUAGGGCUGAGUUUCUUAAGCUAUGUAAGAGAGUAGAAUACACUAUUCGAGCUUGGUAUCUUUUACAGUUCGAGGAUCUUAUGCAAUUGUACUCCUUGUUUGAUCCUGUUCAUGGAGCUCAAAAAUUGGAGCAGCAGAACUUGUCUUCUGCAGAGAUUGACGUCCUCGAACAGAAUUUUCUCACCUAUUUAUUUGAGGUGAUGAGCAAGAGCAAUUUUAAAGUCACAACCGACGAGGAGAUUGAAAUUGCACACUCUGGGCAGUAUCUUUUAAAUCUUCCUAUCAAAGUAGAUGAAUCAAAGCUGGACAAAAAGCUUUUGAAAAGGUAUUUUGAAGAGCAUCAUCAUGAAAACCUCCCAGAGUUUGCUGAUAAGUAUAUAAUCUUUCGUCGUGGCAUUGGAAUUGAUCGCACAACUGAUUACUUUUUCAUGGAGAAAGUGGAUAUGCUGAUUUCACGCCUAUGGAGGGGUUUGCUCAGAAUAACCAGACUUCAGCGCUUCUUUGUCAGAAAGCCAAGUAUAAAAACCAAGAAAGAACCUAAGGAAACUGAUGAAUUAAUCCCUGAUGGGGACACAGACGAUCUAUUUGUUGAACGGAUUCGAAUUGAAAAUUUGCAGAUCAGCACAAGGAAUAUGCUCAACAAGAUCACAAUACAAGAACCCACCUUUGACAGGAUGAUCGUUGUGUACAGGCAAGCAAGUAGCAAAACGAAAGAAGAACGAGGAAUAUUCAUAAAGCAUUUUAGAAACAUACCCAUGGCUGAUAUGGAGCUCGUUCUGCCAGAGAAGAAAAAUCCGAGUUUAACCCCGAUGGACUGGGUCCAGUUCCUUGUUUCUGCUGUCAUUGGACUGGUUACUCUUGUUGGUACAAUUGAAAGCCCCAAAAAUGAUUUCUGGGUUAUGGUUGCUAUUAUCUCUGCACUAGGUGGUUAUUGUGCAAAGAUAUAUUUCACAUUUCAGGCAAACAUGGCAGCAUAUCAGAAUUUGAUCACAAAAUCGAUGUACAAUAAACAACUGGAUAGUGGGAAGGGAACUCUUCUGCACUUGUGUGAUGACGUGAUUCAACAAGAAGUAAAGGAGGUGAUCCUUGCAUUUUUCAUUUUGAUGGAACAGGGUAAAGCUACUAGAGAAGAUCUUGACCUCAGGUGUGAAGAACUAAUUAAAGAAGAGUUUGGUGAGAACUGCAAUUUUGAUGUCGAUGAUGCUGUACAAAAGUUAGAGAAACUCGGCAUCGUCUCGCGGGAUACUAUUGGAAGAUUCUACUGCGUAGGUCUGAAACGUGCUAAUGAGAUAAUUGGUACCACGACUGAAGAACUUGUGAUGAAGGCAAGACAGGGUGCUAAUACCGUGCCAUGAGGUUAUCGUUUCAGGUUGUGAUCUUUUUCAUUCUUUCAUGUACCAAGAGGAUGAAUAGGGUCUUUUCUCCUCUCUUCUUCUCCUGGGUGUUAUGUAAUGAUGGACCUGCAUGAGCAGAGUUUCACACGCCAUUUUGUGUUUUCUUGUUCGUAUUUUGUUUCCUGUACGUGAUCAUCUGAAAUGCCACAAAAAGGAUUCAUACACUUAUUUUUAAAAUUGAUUCAUUUUUUAUUA